CCGUUGUCAAUCGGCAGGUUUAAAGUUUUCUUGAGCCGAUCUCUCUCUCGUUUUUUGUAAAAAAAAUUCUAAUUUGCUAAAAAUUAGCAAACUUAAAAAAAUGGCGACACCCGACCUAGAGUUAAAGCAGGCCUUCGCCGAACUACAAUUAAAGUUAAUUGACACUAACCAAACAAUCAAGUUUACCGAUAUUCAAAUCGAAUCUCUAAAAAGGUCCAUGCUUCACAAAGAAAUUACGAAUCGAGAAAUGGGGAAUCUCCCUGUAACCACGCCCGUCUACGAAGCCGUGGGGCGUGCCUUUUUCGCCUCAAACAUCCCAAAAGUUAAAGAAACUUUAGGAAAGAGCGUGAAGGAAUUUGCAGAAAAGAUUCGUGGUUUUGAGAAUGGGAAGGACAUUCUGGAAAAAGAUUACAAAUCAACGGAAAACGCCGUUCGGGAGUUGGUGUUAAGGAAGAAGAAUUAAUUUAUACUUUUUGUAAUUAACUUUUGUAAAUUUAAGUACGUCAUGUUUUCAAGACUAAUAUUACUAAUUCAUCAGAAAAUAAAUGAUGUCAACUGAAA